AAAAAAACCAGCACCUUGCCGCACGCUUUCUCCAACCCCCCCCUAACCCCAACUAUCUCCCAUCCUUCUCUCCAACUCUCUCAGUUCCUCCUCAUGGAUUUCCCCACUCCUAAGCCCAAAAACCACUUCUCCGAUCGCUCCCCAAACCUCCUCACCAACUGCGACCUCCCUCCUCCCCUCCAACUCUUCUCCCCUUUCUUCUUCGACGACGACAACCACGGCGUGCUGAGGGCUCUACGCCUCUCGCAGUCGAGGGCGAGGGAAGCCGAGAAGCGCGUCGAGCUCGCCACAGCGAAGAGCGCCCAAUUGGCCUCCAUGCUCUUAGAUGAAUCGAUGAGGCUUUCGGUGCACAGGCGGUGGGCGAUGAUGCUCGAGUUCGAAGUCGCCGCGCUCAGGAAGAGGCUGUCGCAGGCCGACGACGACGAUGAGGAUGAUGGUCCCGUGGAGAUUGCUCGGUGGUUAGCUCUCGCGGUCUGCGUGGGGAUCGCCGGCGUUGGCUUUGCAAUUGGCCGGUGCUUUUUUUGAGAAUGGGCCCGUGUAUGUUUCUGAAUUGAUCUUAUAACUUCGCCCCCCAUUCUUUCGUAUUUAUGUUUUCGCCCCUAAACUAUAGGGGAAAUAUGCAAAAGAUGGAUUUUAGUGUGAAAAAGUGCAAUUAAGGCUGUUUUUGAUAUGAUUGGAAAGAAUUAGUUGCUUGGUUUGUAAGAAUGAAAGUUUAAGUGCGAGAUGAUAAAUAAAUGCAUAAGAAU